AAACCCUGUCACUCAACAUGCAACGAGCAAGUGAUCUUCUUCUCGGCGUUUCAAUGUUCGCCGAGCCCGUCAGCAUUAAAAUCUUCGAUCGCGCUAAUUCAGCUAUGAAUGAAUUGUGCAAUAUCGGAAUUAGAGGUAAACCUUUAUGGCAUCAACAUAAACCAGAUCGAUACGAAACUCUUAACAAUAUUGAAUAUUUGAAAUAUUCUGGCCGUGUUGAUGCGGCUUUAAUGGAUAUUGUUAAAUUGGCUGAGGUCGGAGAAUUUCAAGCUUUACCUAGCUUUGAUUUGUACGGAAAUCCAAUCAAUUCAACGUCAAAUGAAAAUUCCGUACAAGGUUUACGGAUGGAAGCUUCCCGAGAUACAUCAAUGAUUAACGCCGGUCCGUUAGACAUUGUUGAAUUACUUAUGAAUGUGAAUCAAUGGUGGAUGACAUUUCACAAAAUUGUUUCAAGAGCUACGAUUCUUGGAAGCUUUAUGAAUAGUGUAGAAGGAAGCUAUGAUGGGAAAUUGCAUGUGCUGAAUGCGGAAUUUCAUUUACCUAGUCCUGUUGUACCGACUCGAGAGUGUUGUUUUGCAAGAUACUGCAAACAAUUCUCUCCGAACGACUGGGUUGUUGUUGAUGUAUCUUUGGAGGAUAUUUUCCCUUAUCCAUCUAACAAUUUUCGAAGAAGACCUUCCGGUUGUUUGAUCAAAGGAAUGCCUAAUGGAUGCUCUAAGGUUACAUGGGUGGAGCAUGUGGAAGCUGAUCAUAGCCAAUUGAAUGAUCUUUUCAAGCCAUUAGUUACCUCUGGUUUGUCUUUUGGUGCAACGCGGUGGCUAGCUUCCAUUGUUCGACACUUUGACUGGUCUAAAACACUUGAGGCUACACAAUUUUAUUCAGAUGGGAAGGUUUUUAUACCUCAAAGGGGAAGGGCUAGUUUAUUGAAACUGGCUGAUAGAAUGAUGAGAAAAUUUUGCGCAAAUCUUAGCGCAACAACUACCAAUCCAUGGAUGCGACUCGCUCCAUUUCCCGGUUCAACCGAUAUUAGAGUUAUGAUUCCGAAUAAUAUGCCUAGUACUUCAAGUAAUCCCGUUGGAACAACGAUCGUUUUUAGUACUACUAUUUGGCUUAAUAUCUCCCCGAAUCGAUUAUUCAACUUCCUUCGCCACGAGAAAUCCAGAAACAAGUGGGAUAUACUUUCACAAUCCCUUUCAAUUCAACAAUUCGCAUGCAUGACCGUCGGCGAACAUCUAGAGAAUCGCGUUUCUUUGCUGCGAGCAAGUAACUCCGAGGACAAGACUGAAAUCUUUUACCUGCAAGAGAGUUACGCAGACGAAGCAGCUUCCUAUGUGAUUUAUGCUCCGCUAGACGAAUCAGCAUUGAUUCAUCUCGCGAAAGGAUCCAACCCGGACAAUGUAAUUGCAUUUCCUUCGGGGUUCGCUAUAAUUCCGGGAGGGUUACCCAAAAAAGGCGAUAAUCCGGGAGGGUUACCCAAAAAAGGCGAUAAUCCGGGAGGGUUACCCAAAAAAGGCGAUAAGGGAAAUAGUACUGCUAGUAACGAAAGUCUUCUUACUAUAUCUUUUAAUCUGAUUGACAAAGCUAGCAUUAUUACAAGUAUCCCUCCUGAAUCUGUUCAAACUAUCUAUGGGAUCAUUACAGAAACUGUUACGGCUAUUAAGGACGCGUUAUCGUGUCAUAGUCAACUCAACAAUUGGGUGCAAGAUGAGUUGAAAAAUGGCGCGGGAAAGAAGUAGUGCAGUGUAGAGACUUUAUAUACAUUCUGUCUCAUUCUUUUCUCCUCUUUCUCCUCUUUUACCAGAAUCAUAAAU